AAGUUUUAAGAGAGCCCAAAGGAAGAUCAUUCCACCCAAGAACAAUUGUAAGUACUGCGCAGCCGUCACCAUCUGAUGUCAAAAUGGAGGCAAUCGCCAAUGGUAUAGCUCAUUCCAAAAGCUCCUAAUUGGUCAACAAAGGCCAUGGGUAAUUAUUUUAGCACCCAAAAUGCACCAUUAAUGCUCAUAAUGCCAAUUUCAUUCUAUUCAACGCUCACCGAAGCGGAUAGAACAAAAAACUUCACUUAUAAACAUCAAUUAGCUGUGGAGGAAAGAAAGGGAGACAUUCCAUCAAUACCCAGAUCCCAAACUUUAAACCCAGAAACCAAAAACCCCAUUUGACCUUCAUUUUCAACUUUAUCCAAGAUAGGUGGGGUGAUUCUUUUUGCUUAUGGCAUGCCUGAGGAGGAAGAAGAAGAAGCAGUGCUUUACAGUUUUUGAAAUCACCCCUAAUCGCGAUUCUUGUUUGAAGAAAUUUACUCAUUUCUUUGAGUUCUUCUGUUUGUCUCAGUGGAAAUGAUGAUGGGUUCUUGCUUCUUUCAGCACUUGAUUCCCUUAUUAUUUGUUUUCUCUAGUCCUCCUGCUUUGUUAACAGUAGAAGCAUUCACUGGGACUUAUGGAAUAAACUAUGGAAGAAUUGCAAAUAACAUCCCUUCACCUGAUAAAGUAGUUACUCUUCUUAGAGCUGCUAAGAUAAAGAAUGUUAGGAUUUAUGAUGCCGAUCACAGUGUUCUUAAGGCCUUCAGUGGGACAGGGCUAGAGAUUGUUAUUAGCAUUCCAAAUGAAAACUUGAAAGAUAUGAGUGCAAAUGAAGAUCAUGCCAUGAACUGGGUUAAACAAAAUGUGCAGCCCUUCCUUCCAGACACCCUUAUUUGUGGGAUUGCUAUAGGAAAUGAAAUUUUGGGAGGGAGUGAUUUUGAGUUGUGGACAGUAUUGUUGGGUGCAGCCAAAAAUGUUUAUAAUGCUGUAAAGAAACUCGAUUUAGAUGGUCUAAUUCAGAUAACUACAGCACAUUCCCAAGCCGUCUUUUCUAACUCGUUUCCUCCCUCAUCUUGUAAAUUCAGAGAUAAUGUUGCUCAGUAUAUGAAACCUCUAUUGCAAUUCUUCUCACAGAUUGGCUCUCCUUUCUGUUUAAAUGCAUACCCAUUUCUAGCCUACAUGAGUGACCCUGGAAAUAUUGAUAUUAAUUAUGCUCUUUUUCUAUCAACAAAAGGGAUUUAUGAUCCUAAAACUCACCUGCAUUAUGAUAACAUGCUAGAUGCUCAGAUUGAUGCAGCUUACGCUGCAUUGGAAGAUGCUGGAUAUAAAGAUAUGGAAGUCAUAGUUACAGAAACAGGAUGGGCUUCACAUGGAGAUGAAAAUGAAAAAGCAGCUACUAUAGAUAAUGCACGGACAUACAAUUAUAACUUGCGGAAACGGCUUGCCAAGAAGAAAGGAACUCCUCUUAGACCAAAAAAUGUGGUUAAGGCUUAUAUCUUUGCAUUGUUUAAUGAGAAUUUGAAGUGGGGACCUACUUCUGAGAGAAACUAUGGACUUUUCAAGCCUGAUGGAAGCAUUUCAUAUGAUAUUGGCUUCCAGGGACUUCAAUCUUCAUCUGCAAAUUCACUACUUUCAACAAUUAAGGAACAGGGAGGUAGAGGUUGCUAUGAGCAUCAAAUCUCAGUAGCAAUAAUAUCUGCUUUAACUCUGCUUCUAUUCUUGCAAUGAUGGGUUAAUAUAAGUUUUGCCACUUUGAAUUCCCAAUCAAAUGUCAUUGAUUGUCCUGGCCUACAUUCAAAAGUUUCCAUAAACAGCAUAAAUUAUUCGGUUCAUGAAGUAUUCUUGUUUUCAUGGAUGUCUACUAGAAAAUUACUGAUAUUUUUUUCAUAGAAAACUUGUCACAAUAAAAUGUAUAUUGUGAAUUAUUAAAGAACAAAUGCUGUCAUUUAACUUUUUAAGUAUAUUUCAGCAUCCUUCCAUUGCUA